AGACGCCAUUGUUAUGCUCAUUCCUUCUUCGCAAAACCCCCAUUGAUACAGAGAGACAGCAUCAGUACUUAGCGCUCCUACUUCAGCUAUCAACAUCUUGCCCGCAUCCAACUACGGUCUACUACGAUGAACCGAGCUGUGGCGGCAAGGUCCUUGGUUCGGUGCCUGAUCAGAAAUGGCGGCGGCAACCGCCACCAAAUUUUGUGGUACUCUUCCUCCUCAUCCCUGGCGAGGCCGUCCGUGACUGAGCUGUGGAGGCAGAGCGGGGCUUCGGGCGGCGGAGUGGUUCAGCACUGGGUGAGGACGAUGAGCAGCGGCGCCGCCGGCGCUGCAGUGAAGGAAAAGGAGAACGGGACGGUGGAGAAGGCGCUGCAGGAGGCGAAGGAGAAGAAGGAGAAGGAGAGCGGCAGCCAAGUGGAGGUGUCCAGUUAUUGGGGGGUCACCAGGCCGAAGAUUACUAAAGAGGACGGCACCGAGUGGCCAUGGAACUGCUUCAUGCCGUGGGAAACUUACCGAGCAGAUCUAUCGAUUGACUUGAAGAAGCAUCACGUGCCAAAGACGUUCGCUGAUAAAGUCGCGUAUCGUACUGUGAAGCUUCUGAGGAUUCCCACCGACAUCUUCUUCCAGAGGCGUUAUGGGUGCCGUGCAAUGAUGCUCGAGACAGUAGCAGCGGUUCCGGGAAUGGUGGGAGGGAUGCUGCUCCACCUAAGGUCCCUGCGCAAGUUUGAACAGAGCGGAGGAUGGAUCAAAGCGCUUCUCGAGGAAGCAGAGAAUGAGAGGAUGCACCUGAUGACAAUGGUGGAGCUCGUGAAACCGAAGUGGUACGAGAGGCUGCUGGUUCUUGCUGUUCAGGGAGUGUUCUUCAACGCCUACUUCGUGCUCUACUUGCUGUCCCCGAAGCUGGCACAUAGGGUCGUCGGGUACUUGGAGGAGGAGGCCAUCCACUCCUACACAGAGUACUUGAAGGACAUCGACAGCGGUGCUAUCGAGAAUGCACCUGCUCCUGCUAUUGCGAUCGACUACUGGAGGUUACCGAAGGACGCGACUCUGAAGGACGUCAUAACUGUCAUUCGUGCCGAUGAAGCCCACCAUCGUGACGUCAACCACUUUGCCUCGGACAUUCAUUUUCAGGGUAAGGAGCUGAAGGAGUCGCCGGCUCCGCUUGGUUACCAUUGAACCGUCCUGUUGAGAAGUUCCCAAGGAGAAGACCCCUGACGAAUGCUAAUACCACAUAUGAUUGAUUGAGAACAUAGUCGUAAUGAGCAAUAUUCUUGUAAUGAUGAGCAGUGUCGAGUCCGGUAUAGAAGAGUCUUGUGUCAUGUGGUAUGUACAUACAAUCAAAGUCCAGGUAUGACGGAUAUCGAAAUUCGCCCUAUAUCUGUACCUUUUGUCAUUGCCAACAAAUCGAAUUCCAUAAAGAA